UAACUAACAAUGUCUUGGGAUGCUUAUGUAACAAACUUGACAGCCAAUGGCGCACUCGAAUAUGCUGCUAUCAUUGGAACAGAUGGAAACAUUUGGGCAAGUAAUUUUGGUGUUGCUGCUUUACCUUCUUAUUAAACAGAAGUACCCGAUGAGAAAAAUCCAGACGCAACAACCAAAGUUGCUUAUGAUGAAAAGGCUGCUUUUGUUCAUGCUCUUACUCACAAUGGAAAUUCAGGAAAUCCAGCUGGUGUUAGAGUCAACAAUCAAAAGUAUUAUUCAGUCUAAUUUGAUGGAGAAUCCAAGACCUGGUACUUAAAGAAGGUAUAUAACAUUAUAAAUUAUCAUAGAAUAAAGGUGGAGCUUGUGUUGCUUGGUCUAAUACAGUUGCUGUCUUUGCUUCAUUCUCCCAAACCAUCAAUGCUGAAAAUGGUGCUCCAUAGAAUGCUAGCGAUUGCAACAAACGUGUCAUUGAUAUGGCAAAGUACCUUGCUGAUUCUGGAUAUUGAGUA